AUGCAGAUCUUUGUCAAGACCCUCACCGGCAAGACCAUCACCCUCGAGGUGGAGUCCUCUGAUACCAUCGACAACGUUAAGUCGAAGAUCCAGGACAAGGAGGGCAUUCCUCCGGACCAGCAGCGUCUCAUCUUCGCCGGAAAGCAACUUGAAGAUGGUCGCACUCUCUCCGACUACAACAUCCAGAAGGAGUCCACUCUCCACCUCGUCCUCCGCCUGCGCGGUGGUAUGCAGAUCUUCGUCAAGACUUUGACCGGUAAGACGAUUACCCUCGAGGUCGAGUCGUCGGAUACUAUCGACAAUGUCAAGUCGAAGAUCCAGGACAAGGAGGGCAUUCCUCCGGACCAGCAGCGUCUCAUCUUCGCCGGAAAGCAACUUGAAGAUGGUCGCACUCUCUCCGACUACAACAUCCAGAAGGAGUCCACCCUCCACCUCGUCCUCCGCCUGCGUGGUGGUAUGCAAAUUUUCGUCAAGACCCUCACGGGAAAGACCAUUACAUUGGAGGUGGAGUCGUCAGACACCAUCGACAAUGUGAAGAGUAAGAUCCAAGAUAAGGAGGGUAUUCCUCCGGAUCAGCAGCGUCUUAUCUUUGCUGGAAAGCAGCUGGAGGACGGCCGAACCCUGAGUGAUUACAACAUUCAGAAGGAAUCGACUCUGCACUUGGUGCUGCGUCUGCGUGGUGGUAUGCAGAUCUUUGUCAAGACACUGACGGGUAAGACAAUCACUCUGGAGGUCGAGUCUUCAGACACGAUUGACAACGUCAAGAGCAAGAUUCAGGAUAAGGAGGGUAUCCCCCCGGACCAGCAGCGUCUUAUCUUUGCUGGAAAGCAACUGGAGGAUGGACGCACUCUGAGUGAUUACAACAUUCAGAAGGAGUCAACCCUGCACUUGGUCCUCCGCCUCCGUGGUGGUCAGUAA